AUGACGCGGACACGGGAUGCUGCCCUCCAUCCAAGCGGAGCCAGCUGUGCGCCUUUACGCGUGGCGGCGGAACCAGGAUCAGCCGCAAAGCCCCUGAGCUUUCCUGAGCUCAGCGUGAUCGUGUCAGUCCUGUUGCUCAUCCCUGCUCAGCUAGUUUUACCACACCCUCAGUGCCUGGACUUCCAGCCGCCUUUCAAACCUCCGUGGCACCUGGAGUUCUGCACGCAGUAUGAGCAGUUUGGCUGCUGUGACCAGAAAACAGACAACAGCAUUGCGGAGAGAUACUGGGACAUUAUUGACAUUUUGGGUUUGCCGGGAUAUGAGCUUUGUGGUGACAUACUGAAAGAAAUUAUGUGCCAGGAGUGCUCUCCUUACGCCGCCCAUCUCUAUGAUGCUGAGGACCCCUACACCCCUGUCAGAGAGCUCCCUGGCCUUUGCUUCGGCUUCUGCUCAGAGUUUCACGCUAAAUGUCGGCACUUGGUUAAAUAUUUAACCGGGAACAAGGUCCUGCAGGAGGCCAGCGAGCGAGACAUGACCACCUUCUGCAGCAUGGUCGACCUGGCCGACCAGGAUUACUGCUACCCCAACGUUUUGAAGAACACCGGCCUCAACGACAACCUGGGGAAGGUGGUGGAGGACCGCAGAGGCUGUCUCCAGCUGUGCCUGACCGAGGUGGCCAAUAGCCUCAGGAACCCCGUGCUGAUGCUGCACAGCCACGACGACACGCACCGCAUGUUCAUCGCCGAGCAGGUGGGCUUCGUGUGGGUCUACCUGCGUGACGGCAGCCGUCUGGAGCAGCCCUUCCUGGACAUGAGCGGGGAGGUGCUGACCACGCCCUGGCUGGGGGAUGAGAGGGGCUUCCUGGGCAUGGCCUUCCACCCCCAGUACAGGGACAACGGGCGCUUCUUCAUCUACUACUCCAUCCUGGUGAACAGCCAGCUGGAGAAGAUCCGAAUCAGUGAGAUGAGGGUCUCCAGCCAUGAUAUGAAUAUGGCUGAUCCUUACUCAGAGAGGGUCAUUCUGGAGAUCGAAGAGCCGGCAGCAAACCACAACGGAGGUCAGCUGCUGUUUGGUCUCGAUGGAUAUUUGUACAUCUUCACCGGAGAUGGUGGAAAAGCCGGGGAUCCGUUUGGGAAGUACGGCAAUGCACAAAACAAGAGUGCUCUGCUGGGAAAGGUCCUCCGCAUUGAUGUGAAUGGGAGCGACCUCAGUGGGAAGCCCUACAGGAUCCCCCCCGAUAAUCCUUUCCUUAACGACCCAGGUGCCCGGCCAGAGGUGUUUGCAUACGGGGUCCGAAACAUGUGGCGCUGCUCGGUGGACCGCGGGGACCCCGUCAGCCGCUACGGCAGGGGCCGGAUAUUCUGCGGAGACGUGGGCCAGAACCGCUACGAGGAGAUUGACAUUAUUGUCAAGGGAGGAAACUACGGCUGGAGAGCCAAGGAGGGCUUCGAGUGCUAUGAUCUCAAACUGUGCCACAAUACCUCCCUGAAUGACACUCUUCCUAUAUUUGCAUAUGCUCAUCACGUUGGGAAAUCUGUGACUGGAGGCUAUGUGUACAGAGGUUGUGAGUCACCCAAUUUGAAUGGCCUAUACAUCUUUGGAGACUUUAUGAAUGGGCGGAUCAUGGCUUUGGAGGAGGAUAAGAUGACGGGAAACUGGAAGGAGAGGAGUGUGUGUAUGGGCGACACAAAGACUUGCUCUUUUCCUGGACUGAUCAACCAUCACCACAAAUUCAUCAUCUCCUUCGGUGAAGAUGAAGCCGGGGAGCUUUAUUUUCUCGCCACCUCCUACCCAAGCUCCAGUUCUCCUUUUGGGACAGUUUUCAAAUUCAUGGAUCCAUCCAGGAGGGCGCCUCCAGAGAAAUGUAAGCAGAAGCCGCUCCCUGUCAAAGUGAGGGGGAAAAAAGUUCCUUUUACUCCCAGAGAAUUGACUGUGCUGGCCGUCAAUGAAAAACCGACCAGGCCUCCACCUAGAAAAUUCAAAUUCACCACCAAACCACCAGAGACGAGCCGGUCCAAGCCUACCUCGACCACGGCCAGCGUGACGACAGCAAGCUCCACUCUCAUUCCUCAACGGAAACCAGCUGAUAAGAAAGCGCUCAAGAAGAACAAACUGAACAAACUGAUGAAAAAGAAGGUGCUGAGCAAACAGGCAGCUGUUGCGCAGAUGAAGAACACCGCUUUGAAGCAGAAAUCCAACGCACAGGGGAAGAAGCCCGCCGUGAAAAAGCCCAACGGUAAAAAAGCCAAAGCACCGCCAAAGAAGGCCCCUCUGGAAAAAGCCAACAAUCAAACAGUCGCCGCAAAGUUAAAGAAGAAAGCUCCGAAAACCCUCAGCAAGCCGAAAGUAAAAAAAAAUCCAAAGAAAAAGGAGAAGUCCUUUAAAGAAAGGGGCACACAAUCAGCUUGGACAUAAGAACAGUAUUAAGGCCAAAAUAUCAACAUGUUCGCUCAAAGCCAUUUUUCUUGGCUUUGUCAAAGCCAAGAAAAAUGAUGCAAAAUAAAGUCCAGGUCAAACACAUGAAAUCCAGAGAAGCCAAAGUGCUUUGAAAAUAUACAGAGGUGACUAGAAUGUAACUAAUUACAUUUACUCACAUUGCUGUAAUUGAGUAGCUUUUUUGUGUCAUUUUACUUUUCCUGAAGUACAUUUUUACUUGAGUAUUGCACUUCAUUACAUUUUAAAUCAGAUCCAUCACUGAAGAACAAACGGUCAAUGACAGAUUGUGGAACCUUUCACAAUAAAAGCUCAGUCAGCAAAGGCGAGAAGACGGACCUGCAUCUGAUUUGUUGGUGCUACUUUUUGUUGUUUUCAAAUUUCACAAUAAAAGGUGCACAAAUAAAAUGAGUUUUACAGUUUACAGUUUCCUCACCCCAGUCAACCCUCAGCAACUUUGUGCAAUGCACCUUUUAAAAAAAUGUAGUUUGAAGCCUGUUCUCUCCUCCUUUUCUCACUGCUGACACAGUUACUGUUUGGAAAAAGAAACUAAGUCACUUUUACUCUCAGUACAUUUUAAAUUAGCUACUUUUUUAUUUUUACUGCAGUAGAUUUUUACAGCAGUACUUCUACUGCAGUGAAAUAAGUAACAGUACUUCUACUUGAGUAGCAAGUUGUUGUAAUCUUUCCUCCACUGGAAAUGUAUGUCCUUAGUUUGACUGAGUCAUGGUAUUUUGUGUGCACAAUACAAUCAGUGUUAUAACACACACAACCUUUGCAUGUAGUUGUGUAUUUAAUGAGAACAUUUAUUUUAGACUGCUGUGAAGUCAUUUGUUCAAGUUACUCACUGCUCUGGCUGUGUUUAAAACAUAUGAAAUAUGUCUGAAGUGGAAAUAAGCAGCAAAGAGAAAUAAAAAUACAAAAAGGC